UCCUGCAUGCGUAGAGAUAAGAUCUAAGCCCGGUGGCGGGGAGCUCGCAAGUGGGGGUUUACGUCUGCCACGGCGUAAUAAAAAGAUGUGUGAUUUAUACCUACCUAGGUACCUAAGCCUAGGUACUUUGCACCGGAUUAGAUAGGUAUCGUCCGCAAUGAUCACGGUUUGAAGAUGACUUCAAGUCUUACGGGUAAAGUGAUACUCCUCACUGGUGCAGCAAGCGGUAUUGGACAGGGUACGGCUAUAAAACUUCAUACACUUGGAGCUGUGCUUGCUAUCACGGAUAUCAACGAAGCUGGCAUCAUCGAGACCCUUGAACUCUGUGGUGGCGGCAACGACAGCGACGACGGCUCAAAACGCCACACGACGCUUGUCCUCGACGUAUCUAACGCAGCCGAUGUGGUGCAGCGCGUAGCAGAGGUCGUGGCUAAAUACGGACGCAUCGACCAUGUGUUUAACUGCGCCGGAAUUAACCCAACAUCAAUGCCCCUGACGGAGACGAGCGAGGAAUAUUUCGACAGGCUCGUCGGCGUGAACUUGAAGGGGGUGUACAAUGUGACAAAAGCCACCAUGCCACAUAUGACGACGCCCGGUGGUAGCUAUGUUAACGUCAGCUCCAUAUCUGGGUGGAAGCCUACCAGGGGGACGGCGAUAUACUGCGCCACCAAGUUUGGCGUCAUCGGCUUCAGUCAAUGCAUGGCCCUCGAAUUAGGUCCUAAAAAUAUUCGUGUGAACGUUAUCGCGCCAGGUUAUAUCGACACCCCAACCAAUGCUGGGAUCGCCAAAGGGACGCCUGAAGCGAGAAAGGGGAUGGAGCAAGGCAACGCACUAGGUAGAAUGGGCACCCCGGACGACGUUGCGGGCGUCGUGGCGUUCCUGAUGAGUGACGAGGCCAGGUACAUGAACGGCAGUGUCGUCGGUGUUGACGGGAUGCUGAAUACAUGAUGCUAUCGGUCUUAGGCAGGUCAGGUCGGAUCGUGGUAGCACCAAAUACACGUCACGUAAAUAUGCUCUUUCAUAUUUUGCUA